GGAGCUGAUGCUGAUUUUGAGAAAGUUUGCAUUCUAGCAUUACCAUUUUAACCACUAUCUUUUUCCAGGCAAAUUUUGGAGCAGAAUGAUACUGUUUAUUGCAGUUUUAGAGCAUAUGGAAGAGAUAUUGCUUUUUGUGGCGACCAGUUCAACAUCUUUCAGUGAUCUUCAAGCAUCCUGAGUUAGCUGUUUGAUGCUCCUCAAUCGUCAUCUUCUGGCCAGUGCAGUUGAGGGGAGCUCAGUGCAGCUGCAGGCACCAUGGGCUGCCGGGUACAGCUGUCACGCUGUGUGCACGUGAUACGCGUCUCGCACCUGACAGCCUUCGUGCUGGUUUACGUGCUCAUCUUUCUGGUGGCGAAUGUGGUGGUGCUGAAGGCCUACUGGGAGCAGCGGCAGCGCGAGCUGGAGGAGCAGCGCCAGUGGCGUCAGCUGGCCGCCCAGCCGGUGAGGAAGCCGCUCGGAGGCGCCGAGGCGUUCCUGCAGCGCCUGCAGAACUCGGUGCGCGGCAGCCGCCGGCCGGCGGUGUUCACGUGCGCCGACUUCCCCACGCUGGCCGUGGGCCGCCGGCUCGGCUUCGGCUGGAGCAAGGAGGUGUUCGAGGCGACGUACGGGGGCCGCUCGGCGGCCGUGAAGACGGUCAAUGUGGAGGGCAGGGACAUGCGGCUGUGCCGGGAGGCGGGCGCCAACUACACCGAGUGUUACCGGCGUACGGCCGACAAACUGUUCAGAGAGGUGAAGCUGCUGCACCAGCUCCGGCACCCGGCCAUCGUGGAGCUGUACGGGUUCUGCCUGUCGCUGGGCCGCGGCGAGAACAGCGUCGUUGCCGUGGUAACGGAGCUCGGCGAGCCUCUCAGUCAGCUGGCGCUGCUGCAGCUGUCCUGGGAGCGGCGGCUGCGGCUGGCGCUCGACGCCGCCGGGCUGCUCGCCUACCUGGCCGUGUCGCCGCUCGGGCCGGCCGCGCUCUCCGACCUGCGCCUGGAGCAGUUCCUGCUCAGCGGCGGCCGGCUCAAGCUGACCGACCUGGACGACCUGCAGCUGGGCGAGCCGCGCUGCACCGGACCGGACGUGUGCCUGCUGCCGCCGCCCGCGGCCGCCUCCGCCGCACUGACUCGCUGCACGGCCGGCAGAUGUCAGGGCUACAACGCGCGGCGGAACCAGGCGCUGGCCGGGGAGCGUCUGUUCGGCCCGCUGCUGCUGCAGGGGGUGCCCGCCCCGCUGAACGCCAGCGUCACUGCACUGCUGGCCUCGUGCUCGGCGGCCCAGCUGAGUCCGACGGAGCUGAGCGGGCGCGCCACGGAGCUGCUAAAGCUGUUCCAGAGGCACGGCUAUGGUGUCACUGACACCGGCUCAGCCGUGUACGAGGCGGUACCGAACGCCACUCUGCCGGGCCACAACUACCGGUGCGCGCAGUCGUCGGAGCUGGGCCGCUGCUGGCUGUCGGUGUCCGGUCCGCGCGAGGCGUCGGCGCUCUGCUCGGCCGACCGGCGCUGCGAGGGAUACGUGAUCACUAAUGUCACCACUUGGACCGGUCGCCUGAUGACCCACUUCAAGACACGGAUCGUGACCGGAGAGGUAGUGCCCGAGUUCAACUCGACGCUCUAUAUUCGGCAGUCGGUGAGGUGACGCCCCUGCCUGCCAUCUCGUGACAAAUAUUCAGACCUGAACUGUGCCAAACGGACACGCCGGCCUUGCGGCUGAAUCCUGUGCCAGGCGACUCUUCCGCAGCCUGUGCAUCGUGGGUGAUAUUGCAUUCAGCCGUGGCUCGGCUCAGUUUUGUAAAUAAGUGAGAUUUAUGUAGCUUUAUGGCAGCUGUUAGGCCGUAUAACGCCAGUUACAGGGUUUGUGUGAUACUGAUGGUACUCCUUUAGUGUAUUCAGACGUCGCCUUUACGCUAACCAGACAAGGUCGGGGCUGGUUUAUAUUUUUAGAUUUACACCAGUGUUCAUAUCCAGUAUGUGUAUGAAGUGUAACCCUCAUCUGACACAAAUAUGUAGCGAUGACGUCAAUAAAGUGACACUGAACAUCA